AUGUCCUUCCUGCGGCGGCUCCUGCCGGGGGCCCUGGGCACGGUCUUGGCCUUGCUGCUGCUCAACCGCCGCUUCUCGGACGGCGAGAGACCGCCUCCAGCAGCGGGCGGGUGCUGCGCGGGCAUCCGCUGCGGGGGGAAACCGUACCGGAUUCUGGUGGUGCAUGGCCAGCACAAGGCUUACAACCUCACUGCCAUGUAUGCGCCCAUGUUGGACACCAUCCUUCAGGGCCUGAGAAGCAAAGAAGAGCAGUGCAGCUACAGAACCGUGGCUGUGCUGCCAAAGCAUCUGUCUGAGAAUGGCAACUACGGCGUACUGGAAGCUGGGGAUGUGAUCCUUCAUGUUGGGCUGGAGUAUGAGGAAAACUUCACCAGACGCUGCCAGGAGGAGUUCGCGCCCAACGUGUACUGCAUCCUUUUUCAGACCGAGCAUCGGUCCAUUCAAGCGCCACAGGGCCUUUGCGAAGUGUGGGAAUAUACACGUGCGAAUCGACCUACAGCCCCGGUGGUGAGAUAUGUACCUCCAGGCUUUCUGCCACUUGAGGUAGCUGUGGCCGAGAAUGAUCGGCAAGUGCAGCAAGCCGCCGCAAGCCUCGCCGCUUUCGGCGGAAAGGGGGGGCUUCAGUGGAUCUUUGUGGGCUCGAUGCCUCGCAAGCGGCGAAGCUGUUGGCAGCACCUGCGCGCCAUGCCGGAGCUGGGCCACGUGCAGUUCCGGCACGUGAAUGGCAUUUUCCAGGCCCAGAAGUGGAAAGACCUGGCCUGGGGGCAAGGAAGGAAGCUGUUUCUGAACAUGCACAAGAAGUGCAACGCUUCCGGCUCGUCCCCGCCGUUGGAGACCAACCGGGUCUCCACGUUGCUGAGCUUUGGCGGAGUGGUGGUCUCGGAGCGGGUGAACUCGGAGGACGCCAGGAUGUUUGAGGACGUGAUCUUGGUGGAGGAGAACCUCUUUGGCAGCUACUCCGAUUGGAGCCCACGCUUGCGGGAGCUCCUGGAAGACCCAGCGAAACUGGCAGAGUUUCAGGUGUCGGCCUACAAGACCUUCAAGCGCCGCUUUCAGCCAGAGAAGCUCUUGGCAGACGCGGGGCUCUGGGAGCCUUCGGCUCCAGCUUCGGCGUGCGGAGAAAACGACGAGCACGCGGCCGCCACAAGCCUCCAGCUGGACCUGCGGCGGCCCCAGCUGGCGCCGCCCAAUCAGGAUGCAAUGUGA